ACGGCUUCUCUCAGUAAUUAGCGCCUGAGCAGCAGGAGCACAGAGAGCGCAGGCAGGCGGAGAGGAGCGGUCGGAGACGGAGAGAGAGCAAGUUUUCAGCCUAAAAACGGGGAAAGAAGAAAGAGAGGAGGUGCGAGCGGAGCUGUGGACCUUCCUGAAGUCUGAAAUGUUGAGGUUUUGCUGCUGAAAUGAUAAAAAAAGCCACUUUAAAAGGGAUAAACAGAGCCGAGAGGGAGCCGCACCUGAAACCUGUUGCUGGUGAGCAGCGAAACCGCCCGUUAAGUCAAGCUUGGAGCUUUUUCUGAGGAGCGUUUACUUCAGACUUUCAGCCAAACCUCACUGUAUGAGGAGGAAGAAGUGCUUGAAUGAGUGAGUUUCACGUGGCCAUGUGGAAAACGAUGCCAGGUCCGACGGAGGAAAUGGAAACUGGGGCUUUACAGAGCCACUUAACGUUCGUUAAAGCCAUUAAGAGGAAAUGAACUUUCAGCUUUGCUUCUUUCUUUUACGGUAUGCGUGGUGAAUGAUUUACCCUUCAGCUCCGAGGAGGAGAGCCCAUGGAUGGAUACGCUUUUUCCGCCUUGUGCUCUGUUUAGGCUCCGGGUUUGUGUGAAAGUCUCUCGGUCUGGAAUGAAACUCUGCUCUGAUUUACGACGCUGUGGACUGUGGACAUGCUGCUGGAGCAGUUACGGCUUCCUUUGGGGAUUCCUACUUUCCGACGGGUGGCUGUAAAUUCAAAGAACUGAGAAAAUACUCAGGCUUCAACGUUUGACAUUCCUGUAUAUAUUUUUUGUUUGGUGACUGAGAUCAGGUGGUCCUCCAUGGCUAGCCCGAGGAAGCCUCCUUCCUCUGGUCUGGCCUUUGGGCUUCUUGCUCUCGUGCUCUCCCGCCUGUCCCGGCUCACCUUGGCCGCUUCCAAGGACAUAGUGUGUGAGCCCAUCACCGUGCCCAUGUGCAAAGGGAUCGGCUACAACCUCACCUACAUGCCCAACCAGUUCAACCAUGACACGCAGGAGGAGGUGGGCCUGGAGGUGCACCAGUUUUGGCCACUGGUCCGCAUCCGCUGCUCUCCAGACUUGCUGUUCUUCCUCUGCAGCAUGUACACCCCCAUCUGCCUGCCGGACUACAAGAAGCCGCUGCCUCCGUGCCGCUCCGUCUGCGAGAGGGCUAAGAGGGGCUGCUCUCCUCUCAUGAUCCAGUACGGCUUCGAGUGGCCUGAGCGCAUGAGCUGCGAGCAGCUUCCCGUGCUGGGGGACCCGGACCGGCUUUGCAUGGACCAGAACAGCAGCGAGACCACCACUCUAUCUCCGUCCUUCCCCAAACCCACUCCCAAGGGGUCCAGGCACCGGGCCAUGUCCAAAUCGGCCGUGCCUCAGAAGUGCGACCGUGAGUGCCGCUGCCGUGAGCCGUUGGUUCCCAUCAAGAAAGAAUCCCAUCCGCUCUAUAACCGGGUGCAGACGGGCUCCCAGCCCAACUGCGCCCUUCCCUGCCACCAGCCCUACUUCUCCCAGGACGAGCGCGCCUUCACGGCUUUCUGGAUCGGGCUGUGGUCCGUGCUGUGCUUCGUGUCCACCCUCACCACCGUGGCCACUUUCCUCAUCGACAUGGAGCGAUUCAAGUACCCCGAGCGGCCCAUCAUCUUCCUGUCUGCUUGCUACCUCUUCGUAUCACUGGGGUACAUCAUACGGCUGCUGGCGGGCCAUGAGCGGGUGGCCUGUGGUGGUUUGGGAGACCAGCGGCACAUCCUGUACGACACCACGGGUCCGGCUCUCUGCACCCUCGUCUUCCUGCUGAUCUACUUCUUCGGAAUGGCUAGCUCCAUCUGGUGGGUAGUCCUUUCUUUCACCUGGUUCCUGGCUGCUGGCAUGAAGUGGGGCAACGAGGCAAUUGCUGGCUACUCGCAGUAUUUCCACCUGGCCGCCUGGCUUGUCCCUAGUGUCAAGUCUAUCGCCGUUUUGGCCCUCAGCUCUGUGGACGGAGACCCUGUUGCUGGGAUUUGCUACGUGGGCAAUCAAAGCCUGGAGAGCCUGCGGGGGUUUGUGUUGGCCCCACUGGUCGUCUACCUCUUUUCUGGCUCCCUCUUCUUGUUGGCCGGGUUCGUGUCGCUUUUCCGCAUCCGCAGUGUCAUCAAGCAGGGUGGCACCAAGACAGACAAGCUGGAGAAGCUGAUGAUCCGCAUCGGCCUCUUCACCGUGCUUUACACGGUUCCCGCCACCAUCGUGGUGGCGUGCCUGGUGUAUGAGCAGCACUACAGACCCGAAUGGGAACGGGCGCUGGGAUGCUCCUGCGCCACCGAGCGCCAGCAGCUGGGCCUGGGGCCCGACUAUGCCGUCUUCAUGCUCAAGUACUUCAUGUGCCUGGUGGUGGGCAUCACGUCUGGCGUCUGGAUCUGGUCAGGGAAGACGCUGGAGUCGUGGCGGAGGUUCGUGGCGCGAUGCUUUCCCUGCAGGGCCAGGAAGCCGCCCCCCUCCGCUUCCUCCAUGUACAGCGAGGCUAGCACAGCACUAACCGCCCGCGCUGGAUCCGCACCGCCAGGAUCCUACCAUAAACCGGCUCCACCGUCGCACGUCUGAGUGGUCAGCUGCCCUAGAGACUUCCGCCUGGAGUUAGAUGGAUAGACUGCCGCCUUUUUCAAGUAGCAACAUUUUCUAAUGUACAGGUGGAUCAAGUAUGGAUGUGGAUAUCAUGCAUGUACAUGAAAGAGGGAAAGAAAAACAAGGAAUUUUCUGGGGGAGAAAUCCUAACUGCCGGCUCAAUGGUCUGAAGCAUCCGUGGCAAAAAAAAAAAAAAGUAAAAAUCUGAAGCAGGCGGCACAAGGAGCCACAAGUUGUUCUCAGAAUUAAAAAAAGAAAAACACUACGGCCUCCUACGGUUCCUGUGGACCAAGCUGUAGAGGCAUUUUAUUUAUUUGUGCAUUUCUGUAAAUAUUUGCUCUUUUUAGAUUGUGCUCAUCAGGGAGCGCUUGGGACUGUAUAAUGGAAACCAGAGCCGGGAUAUUCCGAGGAGAUUCAGACCUUUGUUUGGUUUUAAAUGUCACAUCCAGUCAUCUAAUUUAGAAGCGUCUUUUACUGGUAAAAGAUCAGUCUGCGUGUGUGCUUGAAUUACCUUUUUACCCACUGUAUAUGCUUGUGAAAAGAAUUUAUAAACAACUCAUUGAUGGGGGGGCGGCGGGGCAUGAAAAAUUACUGACAGUCAAUUUGUAUAGUCUGAGCACAGUCAAAACAGUCUGGUUGAGUCGGAUGUCCACCAGCAAUUUAACAUGGGCAGGACAGCAGGAUCUUAUGAUGGACUGUGUGAUGAACUCAACAUUCGGCUCUGCCACAUGAACGUUUUGAUUGGUGGGGGAAGAAAAUUAAAAAUGUGUACAUCGAUCAAUUCUUAGUGAACUGUGGCAGCUCACAGGGGACUUUACUGAAAAACACAGGCAUAAUUCAGCCACUGAGAUGUAAAGUCAUUCAGAGUGGAUUAAUGUGAGAUGGGUCACUGUAGAGAAACUUACUGGCUCAGACGUCUUCACAGUGGUGGUGAUGGGAACCAGGCGUCACCAUGUCUACAACAUAAAUAUAGGCAUUUUAUUUACCAUCCAAAUCCACCAGUGAACCUGCACGUGUCUUCUGAGUGUUUAGAUGUAAUCUUAAUUGUGGAAUAUCUAAAAAAAAUGCAAUGAAUCCAUAUUAGGCUAAAAUCUUCUCUCAAAACUAUCGUGAAACAACGUCUCUGGCAUCAGGUCAUGGAUUUGUAACGUAACGUUUUGUGUAAUGAUUUGUGAUUGAGCUUUAAGGCGCUUCAGACGUCUGGUUCCCAUCACCACCACUGUGAAAAGUUCUACCACUCUUGAGUUUGUUUACAUCUUAACCGUUUCAAUUUGCAGGGGUUUUGAAAAAACAAAAACAGUGGAAUUCGCCCUAAAAGCAACAACUGAAACACCUGCUGAAGCUAUUGAUUGCAGAACAGCUGUCCAGUUUGGUCACUGAGCUUGGCUCCCCCUUGUGGUCAUUUGUGUUAAGUCCAGUCCAGCCCUGCCCAAGGUUUUGUAUGUUGUGAGCUGGACAUCCCUGGUUUAAAUUAACUGGACAUCAGUCUAUAUACGUUUCCCCCUUAUUGGCAUCAUGUGUCACAACUUAAGAUUUCAGCCCUGGCUUGCGGUUGUGUCCUUGGUCCGUUCUCCUCUAAUUGUCCGAGCCCGCCGGCUGUAUGCGCAGAGCCGGUCAGGUCUCACGCAGCGGUUGUAGAUUCGUGUAAAUGUUUGUUCCAAAACAGUCAGAAGUGGUAACGUUAGUCGUAGCAUUGCUGACCUGCUGCUCUGGGUCUAACUGAACUGUUCCAAAUGCAUAGAAUAAUUUUUUCCUCAGCAGAUGCCUGGAAGUCCUCCUCAAUUCAGAGCUUGUUGUUUAAGCUGAGAAUAACCGUAGUUCCGUGUCUCUAUGUGACCGUGUACAUAUGUUUCUGCCCUGUAUGUAAAUCCUGUAAUGGACGUUUCUUUUUAAGAGUCUGGACUGCAGCUUUGUAUGUAAAUACGUUUUUUUUUAAUUAUUAUUAUUAUUAUUUCUAAACAAAAUGUCACUUCAGUGCUGAGAUUUUUAAGAGAUUCUUAGAUAUUUAUGAAAAAUGGUGUCGUUUCAUUUCUCCUAUUGGUAGAGAAUAAAAAAAACUGGCGCAAUCUGUAAA